GUCAAUCUGACCAAAUUGUCAUUUUCAGUGUUAUUUAAUUAAUAUUUUGAUUUUCAAAUUAUCAAAUAAAUCAAAUUGAAUCUCAAUGGCAACAGUGAAAUAAUUAACCAGUUUUAUUUGUGUCUACGACCUGCAAUAACCACAACAAAUAAUGGUUAUGUUAUAAUUUGUGGUAUGACUAUGUAAUGCAUAAAUUAUGGUAAAUAAAAAUUUGUUGUGAAACAAAGCGUCAUUUAUUUAAACUAAUAAUGUCUACCCCACCUCCAUUGCAAACACGCCGCUCAUCAGGCGACAGUAAAAAAACAACCCCACCGACUUCCAGUAUUGUUACUAGAAAUGGUGCCCGGAAAGCCAAAAUCCAAACCCGUGCCAUGUCCGCUGGUGCCAAGCCAUCAGCCGCGGUUCUCGCUGGCAAGAAGAAGGCACAACAAAAAAAGAAACAAACUGUAUACUCUCUCAUCAAGGAUCAUUACCAAAUUGCCAUGGAGUCCAAAACGAAAGUCAGGGGUCCAACGGGUUUCGUGACGGAACCCCGUAUGGCAGAGCAUCGGUGUCUUUGGGAUGACAAGUACCCAGAGUGUCCAGAGAGAUUGAUUGGUGUUAUUGACAGAUGCCGUGAACUGAAUUUAAUUGAGCAAUGUGUGGAGUUCGAGCCCCGGGCAGCUACUAAAGAAGAGUUGAAUGUUCUACACUCACCAUCCGUUUAUGACAUGCUGGAGACAACACACAACAACAACGAUCUCGAAUACCUCGAAGAUGUAUCAUCUAAAUAUGAUGCCAUAUAUAUACACCCUAGUACCCACGAGCUGGCGCUUCUAUCAGCCGGCUCGACCAUAGAUAUGGUUGAUCGCAUAGUAUCAGGCGAGGUACAGAACGGCGCAGCUAUGGUCCGGCCGCCCGGGCACCAUGCUAUGCGCGCAGAGCCUUGCGGGUACUGCUUCUACAACAAUGUCGCGCUUGCCGCCAAGCAUGCCAUAGACAAGCGAGGACUCAAAAGGAUAUUAAUAGUGGAUUGGGAUGUACAUCACGGUCAGGCCACCCAGCAGAUGUUUUACGACGAUCCCAGAGUGGUAUAUUUCUCCAUACACCGAUAUGAGCACGGGUCCUUCUGGCCCAACCUACGGCAUUCGAACUUCAACUACAUCGGCACCGGAGCAGGAAAGGGGUAUAAUUUCAACGUACCACUGAACAAAACGGGUAUGAAGGACGCGGACUACCUUGCUAUUUGGCACCAGUUGCUGUUGCCAAUGGCUUUAGAGUAUCAACCGGAACUCAUACUCAUAUCCGCCGGGUACGACGCUGCGAUCGGCUGCCCAGAGGGGGAGAUGGAGGUGACGUCAGCGUGCUACGCGGCACUGACGCACCAGCUGGCGGGCGUGUGCAGCCGCGUGUGCGCGGUGCUGGAGGGCGGGUACUGCGUGCCGUCGCUGGCCGACGGCGCCGCCCUCACGCUGCGCACGCUGCUCGGCCUCCCGCCGCCGCCCAUGCAGGCCCUCACCGAACCCUCAGACGAAAUCCGAGAGACAAUACUGAAUUGUAUAUAUGUACAAAAGCCAUACUGGCAGUGUUUUAACUACCAGCCAACGUACAGCAUCGACACGUCGAUACCGAACGUGUGUGAUGGAGAGAAACAGAAACAUACGGUGUCCGUGAGGUGGGAAGGAGACGAGACGAGACCUGAUAAGUUCGCUACGAGGGACUGCUAUCCAUUACAGGACGACGCCACAAAGAAACGAAACGCUGAAAGAUUAAAUCAUUUAAGAUUAGUGACGGAUCUUUCAAUACCAUCAUACCCAGUGGGUUAUAUAUACGACGAGGCGAUGCUGAAACAUAAAAAUAUAUGCGAGCCCGGACACGUGGAGUGUCCGGAGCGCAUCAUGCGUAUCCACGAGCGGCACCGCAACUACGGGCUGCUGUCACGUGUUCACCAGCUGCAGGGACGCCGCGCUACCGACGAGGAAAUACUCGCCGUGCACACUGAGAAACAUCUCGACAGAUUAAAAGACUUAGCUACAACGAAGCUUAGAGAUCUGAAUACUCAGAAGGACGAUUUUGACUCGGUCUACUUCCAUCCAGACUCAUUGGAAAGUGCAGCCGUGGCCACGGGCUGCGUUUUAGAGAUGGUGGACGCGGUGGUGUGCGGCGCGGCGGGGAGCGGGUCGUGCGUGGUGCGGCCGCCCGGGCACCACGCGGCGGGCGGCGCGCCGCGCGGGUUCUGCCUCCUCAACAGCGCCGCCGCCGCCGCCGCCCGCGCGCUGCGCCGCCACGCGCUCUCCAGGGUGCUGCUCCUCGACUGGGACGUGCACCACGGCGACGGCACGCAGCGCCUCACCUACCACGACCGCAGGAUACUAUACAUGUCAAUACACCGGUACGACGGCGGCUCGUUCUUCCCCCACUCUAAAGAGGCUGACUACACGGCAGUGGGCGAGGGGCACGGGGAGGGGUACAACGUCAACAUACCCUGGAACAAGCGCGGGAUGGGUGACCCGGAAUAUAUGGCAGCGUUCACACAAGUGGUGCUGCCAAUCGCGUACGAAUACAACCCACAGCUGGUCAUCGUGUCCGCCGGCUUCGAUGCAUGCGUCAGCGAUCCACUUGGAGGUUGCAACGUGUCGCCUGAAUGCUUCGGCAGAAUGACGCACUUCCUCCGUGGUUUGGCCGGUGGCCGCGUCAUACUUUGCCUUGAGGGUGGUUACAAUGUCACCAGCAUCUCGUACGCUAUGACUAUGUGCACCAAAGCCCUCCUCGGUGACCCGAUCCUCCAAAAUUAUGAAAACAAACAGACCCCGCAUUGGUCAGCCAUAGAAACCAUAAACAAUGUUAUCAAAACACAAAAGAAAUACUGGAAAAAUCUUAAAUUCCAAAUAGCUUUACCCGCGGAGAAUGUUCUAGAAGAACCAUUACCAUCUAGAGGAUUGGUUGUAUCUGAUGAACAUAACAGUACAAAUGAUAAAGUAGAAGUAUCACUAUCCAGCACCAUAGAGAGUCAAUCGGAUCGUUCAUUAGAAAUCAAUAUGGCGAAUUUGAGCAUAGACAAACCGAAGUGCGCGGAUGGUAUUCACUGUGGUACAGAUGAUGAAGAGGACAAACCAGAGAGUUCUAGUGAUAGAAAAGAAAAUAAAUCCGAAGGAAGUACAAGCACAAAUGCUGGGAAUACAUUAGUCGAUUACUUAGCUGAGAAUAUGCAAGCUUUAGUUGACGGCGAGAUGUUUGCAGUGGUUCCUUUAACUUGGUGUCCCCACUUAGAGUCACUAUAUGCGAUACCGAAUGAUGUGAAGUUUGAACAGGGAGUCAAAUGUGUUGACUGCGAGGAGACGGCGGAAAAUUGGGUGUGUCUACACUGUUAUGUGACGGCGUGCGGGCGCAGUAUCCGCGGUCAUAUGCAGGCUCACUACGCCAGCACGCAGCACGCACUCGUGCUGUCGCUGCUGGAUCUGUCAGUUUGGUGCAACACUUGUUCGGCAUACGUCGACAACGCUCUACUCUACGACGCCCGGAACAACGCCCACCGCUGUAAAUUCGCGGAGGAUAUGCCUUGGUGCUACAACACUGAUACCAUACAAAUGACCUAGUAUCUCCCUCUCUUUCUCACUAUAUAUCUCCUUCUGUCACUCGCAGUGAGCUAACACAGUGUAAGUCUACAUAGAGCAAGAAAAUAUUCAAGAGACGUACAUACGACUAAAAGUGAGGCGGCAUGCUUAAGAAAAUAAUUGCAAUUGUAUUACACACACAUUUGUAUUUAUCGAAAAGGUGUUGCCAGAGUUGAAAUAAAUCACUUAGAAAUAUUAAUCUAAUAAUUAAUUUAAAACAUUGCUCUUUUAUUUAUUUACAUAAGAGUUUAUUGAAUAAAUAUACUACAUAUAAAAAAAACGGUAACCGAUUAAAAAAAUUAACACCUUAAUUUUUAGAACAUUAGCUUUACUUUAGUUGUAUGUUACCCUUUGAUUUUUUUCUUUCUCAUAAAAUCUCAUAUUUUAUUGAUCUGUGAAUAGUUAAUAGAGAUAGCACAGUCUUAAAAUCUAAUUUGACUUAGAAUCAUUAAUAGAAAUAAAUGAUAGAAAAGCAGUCAAUGCUGACAUUUAAGAAAUUACUCUAUGGUGCUAUAGAAGAUUCUAGUUAUUAAACUGUUAAUAGAUCCAGUAUUCCAACUUACUAAAACAUUGUUGUGCAAUCUUUAUACUUUAAAAAAUUGGUUCGCUUGUAGUGACGUUUCUUGAGAAUAUAAAGUUUACAACUAACUGUGGGUAAUGUGAAUAAUCACUGUCAAAUCAAAAUAAUAACCACCCAAGCGGGCCAAGUUAAUAUUAUUUCUGUGUUAUUAGCACAAAGCACAAAUGUAAAAUCAGUUUAGCACAUUAAUUAAUCACAUUAAACACGUUCUUUAAUAAUUAAUCAUAUACUUACUUACUGUAAGAAUUCAAGUAACUAAUAUAAAGUAUGACGACUAAAUGUGAAAUAGAAUAAACAAUAAUUUUGAUAACAGUAUCAGGCUCCAAGGACCUUAUAUAUUUUUUUUAUUUUAUUUUUUAAUAUAAUGAUUCUAACUUAUGUUUUUUUUACAAAAGGGUUUUUGUAAUAUUCUCUAUCAUUCCAAUCGAUAAUUAGAUAUGAAAAUAUUCGAAUUUAGUGCAGAGUCACAAAAUAAAUACUACCUAUAAAAUUUAGUACAACUAAAAGCCAUUUUGCGCACUUAUUACAUUUGCACUUUAGUUAUCUAUAAGUACACACAGCCAUAAUAAUAUGAUACAUCUAUUGUACAUUCAGUGGCGAAGUGCAAUACAUUAUAUGUCGUUAUUUUAACGGUUCGCUAAAGUCAUUUUUACAUUUCGCCUCGUACGUGUUUUCUAGUUUGAGUGUACCUACUAAUAACUGUAUAUUCUAUGUAAAUACUCAUGUAUACAUUGUGUAUAUUUAUUUAUUUUAUAUAUUUAAUAAGAUUUUUUUAAAUAUUGUUUUACUAAUAAAUAUGAAUGUCAUACAAAAUUGAUUUUGGUUAUAAUGAUAAAUAAUUAUGUAUGUCUCCAUGCCAUGUUUUUAAGGAGAAUAAAUAAAUAUAUUGUACUUUUCAUAAAGUAUAUAUGUAUGGAAAUUUGCUUGACAAUAAAUCAGUAAAAUAUUCAUAAUGUGGUAUUGUGAUGUAAAAAAGGACAUUAAAUCUAUAAUUUCAGUAAUUCCUGUAUUAUCUGACAUUUUAUUUAUUAUUUUUUAACUAUUACCUAGCGCGCUUGUUUAGAAAUAAAGUAACUCACUUAGGGUUUCCUAGAACUAUUUUUUUUAAUGUAUUGUCAUGGUUUUUCUAAUUAAUACAUACAAUAUAAUAUUUCUAAAUACAUAAAACAAUUUUGAUGAUUCAGACUUAACUUUUUUUAUAUGUAAGGAGGUUUAAAUUAUUUAAUUAGAAUGCACUCUAGUCUGAGAUUAUUGUAUGGAUUUAUACGCCAUACUGUUUUCAAAUCUUAUUACCAAGUCGAGUGUUCAACCGCAACUACAGUUUAUGAACGACACCACAUUUCGUCUUCAUAAUAUGCUGUAUUAUGUAACACUGUUUUAAUAGUUUAUUAUAAUAUAAUAAAUAUAAAACUGUAGUACUGCAUGAACCAUACAAACCUAUUUGUUUAGUUCGUAACUGCAACCGUGUGUAGAUCGUUCGUGUACAAUUUCAGAAACAUUCAAUUUCAAUCUGUUUCAAGUAAGCAAUUAUUAUUAGUAAGCAAUUGCAACGUUUCAUAGUCA